CUGGUCAGUCCAGUGCGGGUAAUCGGAGACUAAGCAUCGCGCGAUGGCGGAACACUAAAGGAUACAGUGCGCGAAAGGAUUACGGCUAGGACACUCGCAGUGCAGGGACUCAAGCCCCCCCGGAGUGCUGUGAGAUGUGAAGAAACCAAUUCCCAAAGCCAGUUCCCAAAAAGCAAGAAAUAAAUACCGAAGAUAUGCAGCCGACUACGGAAUCGGAUGCCGAGAAGGCUCUCGGCUCGCGCCUGGAUUACGAUCUGAUGAUGGCCGAGGAGUACAUACUCAGUGAUGUGGAGAAGAAUUUCAUAUUGUCCUGCGAGCGUGGUGACCUUCCGGGUGUCAAGAAGAUCCUUGAGGAGUAUCUCGGUUCGGAUAAGUUCAAUAUUAACUGCACCGAUCCCAUGAAUCGCUCAGCCCUCAUUUCGGCCAUCGAGAACGAGAACUUUGACCUGAUGGUGAUCCUUUUGGAGAACAACAUUGAAGUGGGCGAUGCUCUCCUCCAUGCCAUAUCCGAGGAGUAUGUGGAGGCUGUGGAGGAGCUGCUGCAGUGGGAGGAGACGAACCACAAGGAGGGCCAGCCCUAUAGCUGGGAGGCAGUGGACCGCUCCAAGUCCACAUUUACAGUGGACAUCACGCCCCUCAUCCUGGCCGCCCACCGGAAUAACUAUGAGAUACUCAAAAUACUCCUGGAUCGCGGCGCCACGCUGCCCAUGCCGCACGACGUCAAGUGCGGCUGUGACGAGUGCGUUACCUCGCAGACCACCGACUCCCUGCGCCACUCCCAAUCGAGAAUCAACGCCUAUAGGGCACUCUCGGCCAGCUCUUUGAUAGCACUCAGCUCACGGGACCCUGUCCUAACCGCCUUCCAGCUGUCCUGGGAACUGAAACGCCUGCAGGCCAUGGAAUCGGAAUUCCGUGCCGAAUACACGGAGAUGCGUCAGAUGGUGCAGGAUUUUGGAACAUCGCUCCUGGACCAUGCACGCACAUCCAUGGAGCUCGAGGUGAUGCUCAACUUUAACCAUGAGCCAUCCCACGAUAUAUGGUGUCCGGGUCAGCGGCAGACUUUGGAGCGAUUGAAGCUGGCCAUUCGAUAUAAGCAGAAGACGUUUGUGGCACAUCCCAAUGUACAACAAUUACUGGCUGCCAUUUGGUAUGACGGACUGCCUGGUUUCCGGCGCAAACAGGCCUCGCAGCAACUUAUGGAUGUGGUGAAACUUGGCUGCAGCUUUCCCAUCUACAGUUUGAAGUACAUCCUAGCCCCGGACUCCGAUGGAGCCAAGUUUAUGCGCAAGCCUUUUGUCAAGUUCAUUACACAUUCCUGCUCCUACAUGUUCUUUCUGAUGCUCCUGGGCGCCGCCUCUUUGAGAGUGGUGCAGAUCACUUUUGAACUUCUGGCCUUUCCCUGGAUGCUGACCAUGCUGGAAGAUUGGCGUAAACACGAACGUGGCUCCUUACCAGGACCCAUAGAACUGGCUAUUAUAACCUAUAUCAUGGCUCUGAUAUUUGAGGAACUCAAGUCGCUGUACUCGGACGGACUGUUUGAGUAUAUAAUGGAUCUGUGGAAUAUAGUCGACUAUAUAUCGAAUAUGUUCUAUGUGACGUGGAUUCUUUGUAGGGCCACCGCUUGGGUUAUAGUGCAUAGGGAUCUCUGGUUCCGAGGCAUAGAUCCGUACUUCCCGCGAGAGCACUGGCAUCCUUUUGAUCCUAUGCUUUUAUCGGAGGGCGCCUUUGCAGCUGGCAUGGUCUUUUCGUAUCUGAAACUUGUGCACAUCUUCUCUAUAAAUCCCCAUUUGGGUCCUCUGCAAGUUUCCCUGGGAAGGAUGAUAAUCGACAUCAUAAAGUUCUUCUUCAUCUACACCCUGGUGCUGUUCGCCUUUGGCUGUGGUCUGAAUCAGCUGCUGUGGUACUAUGCCGAGCUGGAGAAGAACAAGUGCUAUCAUCUGCAUCCAGAUGUGGCGGAUUUCGAUGACCAGGAGAAGGCCUGUACCAUUUGGCGACGAUUUUCCAACUUGUUCGAAACAUCGCAGUCACUUUUCUGGGCCUCCUUCGGUCUGGUGGAUCUCGUUUCUUUCGAUCUGGCUGGCAUCAAGAGUUUCACCCGGUUCUGGGCCCUGCUCAUGUUCGGUUCUUAUUCGGUGAUCAAUAUCAUUGUGCUCCUCAACAUGCUGAUUGCCAUGAUGUCUAACUCGUACCAGAUCAUUUCGGAGCGAGCCGACGUGGAGUGGAAGUUCGCCCGUUCGCAGUUGUGGAUGAGCUACUUCGAGGAUGGCGGCACCAUUCCACCUCCCUUCAAUCUCUGUCCCAACAUGAAGAUGCUGAGAAAAACUCUGGGCAGGAAGCGGCCUUCAAGAACCAAGAGCUUUAUGCGCAAGUCGAUGGAACGGGCACAGGUCCUGCAUGACAAAGUGAUGAAGCUGCUGGUGCGGCGCUACAUCACGGCGGAGCAGAGGAGGCGGGACGAUUACGGCAUUACCGAGGAUGAUAUCAUUGAGGUGCGCCAGGACAUUAGCUCUUUGAGAUUCGAACUUUUGGAGAUUUUCACGAACAACAGUUGGGAUGUGCCCGACAUCGAAAAGAAGAGUCAGGGAGUGGCCCGAACCACCAAGGGCAAGGUGAUGGAACGUCGUAUCCUGAAGGACUUCCAGAUUGGUUUUGUGGAGAAUCUAAAGCAGGAAAUGAAUGAAAAUGAAAACGGAAGGGACAUCUUCUCGUCUUUGGCCAAGGUCAUAGGCAGGAAGAAGACUCAAAAGGGAGACAAGGACUGGAAUGCCAUUGCCAGGAAGAACACCUAUGCCGCGGAUCCUAUUGGUAGCAAGCGCUCAUCAAUGCAGCGCCACAGCCAACGCAGUCUGAGAAGGAAGAUCAUCGAGCAGGCCAACGAAGGUCUCCAGAUGAACCAGACUCAGUUGAUAGAAUUCAAUCCGAACCUGGGUGAAGUGACCCGUGCCACAAGAGUGGCCUACGUCAAGUUCAUGAGAAAGAAGAUGGCAGCCGAUGAGGUUUCCUUGGCCGAUGAUGAGGGUGGUGCCAAUGGCGAGGAGGAGAAAAAACCACUAGAUGCCUCUGGGUCCAAGAAAGCAACACCGAGUGGCGGAGCUUCCAUGAUGGCAGCUGCUGCCCUGAGAGCCUCUGUGAAAAAUGUGGAUGAGAAAGAUAAAGAUAAGAAGCCUCCAGAAGGAACCAUGAAGAAGCCGGACGAUGAUAAGAAGCCAACGGAUGACAAGAACAAGUCGCAGCCACCCAAGGACUCCAAGCCACCAGGAGCUCCUGGUGCCAAGCCUGGGGAUCAGAAGCCACCUCCCGGUGGCGGUGCUCCCAAGCCCCAGACAGCCACCAAUGGUACUGGGGCCAAGCCAACUGAUCAGCAAAAACCAAGUGCUCCGGCUCCUCCCUCCAAGCCCGCAGAUACCAAGCCAUCAGCACCAAAAUCCGGAGAACCUGCCAAACCGGAGGCAGCUGGCAAGAAAGAGGAUUCCUCCAAAACCGACAGCUCCAAGCCAGCAGGCACCAAUGGAGCCGCCAAGAGUGCAGCUCCCUCGGCUCCAGCGGGUGCUAAGCCUGAUUCCGAUCUAAAACCAGGGGCCAAGGGAUCUGCUCCCGAGGGAACGAAAGCCACCAAUGGCGCUGCCAAGCCGGAUGACAAGAAGAACGGACAGGAUGCCAAGAAACCUGGCGACGAUAAGGACAAGAAGCCAGGAGAUGACAAGGACAAGAAGCCAGGCGAUGACAAGGAUAAGAAAUCUGGUGAGGAUAAGGAUAAGAAACCAGACGAUGGAAAGGACAAGAAACCUGGCGACGACAAAGACAAGAAGCCAGGUGAUGACAAGGACAAGAAGCCAGGAGCUGACAAGGACAAGAAGCCGGGAGAUGACAAGGACAAGAAGCCAGGAGAUGACAAGGACAAGAAGCCAGGAGAUGACAAGGAUAAGAAACCUGGAGCUGCUCCGCUAAAGCCGGCCAUCAAGGUGGGCCAGAGCAGCGCCGCAGCUGGCGGAGAGCGAGGAAAGUCCACGGUCACGGGACGCAUGAUCUCCGGAUGGCUCUAGGGAGACUCCUUCACAAGGAGUAGCAUAGUUACGUUAGUAUUUAAGGUCCAUAGUCUGUGUGAGCAAUAAACGAAUCUAAAACAUA